CCAGGUUUAUUUUCCAGAGGCGCGGUUAACGUGGCCGGUGGUCUGCAGCGCGUCCGUGUCUGGCUGCGGAGGUCGCGGGUUCCGCUGUACUGACUCGGUUGUGGCGGUCGCGAUGUUUUUCUCCCAGGCCGGCGCCCAGCCGCGGACGGGGGAAGCCAGCCCCUCAGAACGCAAGAAGUUGGUGGAAGUAUUCAAAGCAUGUGAUGAAGACAACAAAGGCUAUCUAAGCAGAGAGGACUUUAAAGUAGCUGUUGUAAUGCUGUUUGGGUACAAGCCCUCCAAGAUAGAAGCCAAUUCUGUGAUGUCUUCAUUAAAUCCAGACACUUCCGGUAUAUCACUUGAGGAGUUUUUAAAUUUUGUAAGGAAAAAGAAGGAACUUCAGCUAUAUCGGAAUGAAAUAAGACACAUCUUCACAGCUUUUGACAGGCACUAUCGUGGAUAUUUAACUUUGGAAGAUUUCCAAAAAGCGUUUAAACAGGUGGCUCCCAAGUUACCAGAAAGGAUUAUUCUUGAGGUUUUCAGGCUUGAUUAAGUCUUCUGAUUCGUUGGGCUCUGAGGAUUGUGUAUCUGCGAUAAACCAUCAAAUCUACAAUAAACCAGGACUCCUGCCAAAUUUCAAGAUACCAAAUACAUACUUCCAUCUUUCUGUGUCCAUUGGAAAUAUUGUAAACACAGAAAAGUGUGGAUAGUAAUAUAAUGUAAUGCUCGCAUUUCAACUACCUAGCUUUAUUCUGUCUUAACAUUUGCCAUAUUUACUUUGGUUUUUUAAAGAAUUAAAACAUUACCUGCAGCGUUGAAAACACCUAUGUAUCCUUCUCUGAUUCCUUAACCCUCUCUUCUCUGGAGAGAACCAUGAUGACCUAUGUUUUGGUAUUUAUCAAUCUUGUGCAUGUUUUAAUAUGAUUGCACAGAUAUUUAUUCAUAAACAAUGUAAUAUUUUGUUUUGCAUGUUUAAGUGUUCUAUACUUGGUAUCGUAUUGUUCAUAACCAGAACCUUGAUUUUUUUCCCACCUAAUUUAAUAGUUUUUGAGAAUCGUCAUUUAGCUCUCAGUUUUCAUUGCUAUGUAAAAUCGCAUCGAAAGAUAAUUCUACAUUUUAUUUAUCUAGUUGCCUGUGGAUGAACGUUUAAGUUGUUUUCUGUUAUUCACUAUUUCAAUUGCUGCUGCAAUGUUUUCUUGUACUUUAUGUUUGUACAUAUGUGUAAGAAUUUCUUGAGGACAGUGCUUUACAAUUUUUUUUCACCUUAUUUCAGCCAUAGACAAUGAGAGUGUUUAUAAAGCACAUGUUGGUAAACAGAGAAGUUCCUUUAGGCUGAAAGCAAACUGCCCCCCUGACCAAGAAACUCUGGGGCUCAAUACUCUGCCACGCCUGUAAAGUAUCUGUGGCAGAGUUUGGGGAGCUGUGUGCUAGGGCAAUGGUCUUUGUAGUUUCCUAAAAGCAUUCUUAAAAACUGUGUACUUCCUUGUGCAUUUUUACAUUGGUAGCUAAAACUUCUCAAAGUAAGUUUAAAUGGUUGCAAAGCAUAUGACUUCCAGAGAAUUAUAAAUAUUGACAUUUAAAAAUAUAACUUAUAUCACUUUUAAAUGUAUCCAGUAGAAUCUAAAUACUAUAGUGAUUUGAUACUUAUCAUUUUUCUUUCAAAAAUAUGUGAACAAGCUUUUAAAAUGAUGUGACAAAUUCUUCUUUUACAAUUUGAAAUUUUACAUCCUUUCUUUUUUUGAACACCUAUUUCUAGUUUUCUUCCUCGGCUAAGUUUUAUCUUAAUAUAAUUUUUUUUCAUCUUUUUGGCUUUCACAAACAAUAUUUUUAAAUUAGGUUUACUAAGGUAUAAUUUACAUAUCAUAGAUUUCUUUGUUAAUAGGUAUACAGUCAUUUGUGUUUUGACAGAUACAUACAGUGUGUAACCAGUACCACAAUCAAUAUAUGAAGAAUUUCUAUCCCUUUCAGUUCCCUCCCUCUACUCCCAGUCUCUGGCACCACUGGUCUUGUUUCUGCCCCUAUUUUAUUGCCUUUUCCAGAAUGUCAUAUAAAUGGGAUCAUACAGUCUGUAAUCUUUGGUAUUGCGCUUUUUUUUUUCACUUUACAAAAUACAUUUGAAAUUCAUCCACGUCGUUAACACGCAUCAGCGGUUAGUUCCUUUUAACUACCGAGUUGUAUUCUAUUGUAUGGAUGUACCAGUUUGUUUAUCCAUUCAGCAGUUGAUGGACAUUUCGGUUGUUUUCAGUGUGGGGCAAUUACGAAUAAUGCUGCUAUAAACAUUUGUGUUCAGA